GUUAACGCCACCGAUGCUGUGGAUGUUGACUGGCAGGGUUACAAACGUGCGAACCAUUACCUGCUCCUUUCAUUCGCAGCGUCACGAAACUCCGCAAGUCUAGCAGAAACCUGGACGUCUGGGCCUUCCGCAGAGCCGGAGGAUAAGCGCGAAGUGAUGGCUACGUGA